UAAUUAGAACUGGAGAUAUAAGCCGGUCAGUUUUUCAACUUUGACCCCUUAUAGAUCGGGUCCUUGCUUCAGCUCGAUCCAUGCCAUAGCGGGAAGUGUGGCACCUUUGAAAGUGGGGCACAUUUGAAAGUGGGGCACAUUUGAAAUUUGGAUUUUUUUGAGGCCGAUCCGAGGAUGUAAGAUUUUGCGAUGAUUACAAUAGGUGGGAUUGUUAAGAAUCUUACCUAUUCUUUCAUUCGACACUCUCCCUUACUCAUUCAGUUUGCAACUUUGUGUCGUGCUUGACUACUUUGGUGAGAUAAGAAUUUUCUCUAAACAAUUUACUCAGCAUGAAGAAGAAAGGGAAUAAACGCAAGUGGACUUUUGAUAAAGAGAGAAUUCUCCUUUCUUACUACAAAAUCCUGCCAGAAUUAUGGAAUCCUCACAUUCCUGAGUUCAGGGACAAUCGGAAAAAGAGCAUAAUUCGGAAUCAGAUUGCCUUAAAGUUAUCCAGUGUCUACCCAGAAUGUUCGAGCAUCUUCGAUCAAGACAAGGUACACCGGAGAUUCCUGACUUUAAGGAGGAAAUACAAAUAUCUGGUUGCAAGAGGUGAUGAUAGAGCUUCAGAAUGGAGACAUUUUAAAUAUUUUGUGUUUUUCGAUGGGAUCAUUGCCCAGACCGCCCCGAAUCAGGUGAUGCACUCAACCACAGCCGAAAUUCCCGCAAGGAUUGAAGAAUCCCUGACAAUAAGGAAUGUUGCAAGUGCAGUGGACUUCCAGGAACCUGACUUUGACACCAAAGUAAUUAUUGAGAUUUCAAGUGACGAAGAAAACUCUGUUCCUGCAACGGCUGAAUCUCCGAAGCCUUCCCAACCUUCACCAGAACCUGAAUCAUCGCAACCUGAUUCACCAUCUCUACAGCCGAUGCCAGCGAAACGACAAAGAACUUCCCGGUCCAUCUACAUAGAAUCAACCAUCAACUCACUAAAUUCAUCAAACACUCAGCAGCUUCCGGAAUCUUCCGGAGAACCGAAUCACAGCUUCUCAGGCAUUGCAGAUGAUGCCAGGAAGCUUGAGAAUCAGAAGUUUUGUGACUUCCUUGCGAGUCGAAUGAAUGGCAUGCCUCGGGAAAAUUCACGGGACUUCCUCUAUGAUAUCCUAGAUCUUCUAAAACAGAAGUACUAGGAAGGAAAAGGACCAAUAACAACUUUAGGGGGAAUCCUGAAUUACAAGGUCAAAAGAGGGCUAUAUUUUUUGUUACUGAUCAUUUUUCAUUUUUUUUACUGAUCAACUUGAAUAUUUUUACUGAUCGGUUCGAAAUUUUUACUGCUCAUCUAUAACUUUUUACUGAAAAUUUUUACUUGGCCAAGCUGAAAUACUGAUAAUUUCGAAUUAUUUACUGAUCAGAUUUAAUUUCUUACUGAACAGUUUCAACCUCUUUACUGCUCAUUUAUAUUUUCCCGUUAAUUUGAUCAAUUGCAUACCCUCACAUAUCGUUUAGCGGUUCACAACCCAUUUGAACCGAUGUACAAACCAGUCAAAAAAUCCCCCAAAAGACCUUGAUUUUUGGAUGAAAAUCACCUAUCGGUUCAUAACCGGUUUAUUACCGGAUCAUAACCAACAGAAACCAGUUCAAACUUAUCAGAAAUUCCAAGACCUUUCCAACGAGCCCAAACAUUACCCCAUUUAAUUGAGAAAAUACGCCCUGACCUUGAAAAAUCCUUGAUAACCUUGAAAAACCAUUAACCAUUUCUGUCAAUGUAUUAGAAAUAGUGAAUAUACAAUGUUCAUAUUUUAGAAUUGUUUCUCACAGAUCAAUAAAUGAUUUUCUUUGAAAGACAAA